UUCUUUUCAUCUGUCGAUUCACCACGUGCGUUUCUUGGAAUACGAACUUCUGACCUACAGAUAUAAAGCACUUGUAACUUGCCUUCUGACUGGCUGGAUUUCCACUUUUUGACGUGACGUACUGUCUACUCACCGCUAACAUAACCGAUUUAUUCCUUUUUCAAGGGCAUUACUUUAGGGGUGUUUUGGUCUGCAACGAGAAGAACCGUAGAGUUCGUACUUUCUUCUGCCUGUGAGCCAGUCUGUGUUCCGAGUUCAUUUCCAGCAGCCACCAAAAUGAAGACGAUCAAAGCUGUAUCGAUUUUAUUGUUUUGCGGAGUAACAUUGUUAUCCAAUGCAGCCGCUCAAACAACCAUCAAGUUUCUUCCUGUUCUGUUCGUGUCGYCUGCACCAGAUAGACCUGCACCAGACUCAGCAGUCAUCUAUGCUGCAACUAUUUGUGAUGGUAAACUUUACGAUGGCAAUUUGACCGUUGCUAGGGUAAACCUACCGAAUGGAUGGAAACCAGUUAUUGGCACGUAUGCUAAACUUGAGGUAUGUAGCGAUGAAGAAUGCACCAAAAUCUACUGUUSUAAUUGGGCAUCUGGCAAGUUCAGUGGUAAUCAUUACUGCAACUUCACCUACAAUGCAACCAUGAAUGAUCUAUACUUGCGUGUAACCGCUGGACCGAGCCCUAACAUUGAUUGGACUGUAGCKGUUGAGUUUUUGAACACCAAAACCCCGUUAUUAGAACGACCACCUUUGCGUAAUGCCAUGGACUUCCCAGAACCAAUAGCCAAGGAUGGUGUGCGUGCAAAUGUUCAAGUUUUGAUGCAGAUAGUGAAGACCGCAGCGGAACAGACCGUCUUGACUCUUGGACAUGACGAGUUUCUCUUCAGGUUUUGUCCUGAUCGACAGACGGGAGACCGCUACGACAUAACCGUCGCUGUAACUGGAACAGACUCCAAGUCAGCCAUGGCUACUUAUGUGUGCCUGCCGAACGAGUUACCCUGCUCUGUCUCAAGCUCCACUCAUUACGACCCACGUGGUAUCGGUAUCAAUACCGUUACCMUGACAACUGGUAGUAGUCAGUUGAGUGAGYUACACGUGAUAGUGGUGGGAUGGGGUGAUGGUGAACAGACCAACACAUUCACACUGGGUGCCACUGUUACUAAAAAAACAUAGAACAAACGAGCAUGCCGGGACCAGGUCUGUACAAUGCUUUCUUGAGGUACAAUUAACAGYUACACCCGAAGUCCACAUGGUCUACGAGCCAAUAGCCCAUGCCCGAAUUGAUUUAGUCUAAACCUUCUACAGUAAUUAUUAAUCGGUCGAAUAAAUGGAUUCAAAUGAUUAAUCUUGAAAUUAUGUUUGAAAACGCGAGUAAGUGUCAAUAGACCAGUAGUGGCUCAGCCAAUCAGARCACAGGACUGCGAAAUUGUGAUUGGCUAGUAAGCUMCUAGUGCUCUAUUUCUUAUAACGCAUAGUUUAGAAAAAUGAUGUUUUGUAAAAAUUAUGAAGCUGAAUUUCUAUCCGCCAAAUCUCUUUCGGAUAUCUUAAGGGUAUUUGUGACAGAAGUGUAUCUUACAAACGCUUCUGAAAAUGCACUUACUAAAAUAAUAAGCCGUCUCGCCCUUCCUCGAUAAUGAAUUACGUAUUAGAUAAAGAUAUUCGGGCUAUGUGACUGUUAAUACCACGAGAAAGCAUUGUAUAUCUAUUUUAUCUCAUGCUCUCGAUAUAGAGCCAURAUACUGCCUUGCUUCCUGAUUGGCUGUAUAUUCUGUAGCAUGUGAUAAACAAGACURACGCACUACUCGGAACUUGGGAAAGCUGUUGUCGUUAAUUUUCUCAUUACUUCAUUUUUUUAUUUUUUUAUUAUAUUUUAUUUUUGUUUUAUUUUUCUUGCUUUAUAAAAUUCGCGAUAACAUGCAGACAUGUCAGACUAUUGAUCUCCCAUCUUGAUCGCUAAAUUAUCUAAUUACAAAAGGAAAUGAACUAAAAACUCAUUGGAGAAAAAAGUAAAGAGAUUUCGUCAUGCAACAUCAACACAAGCCAAUAGAAACAACUACAGUGAAAAAGGAAAAUAGAGAUGUCUUAAUAUCAGCUGCUCAAGAACACAUACAUAUGUCAGAUGUUAGCCGCCACUGUUUUAGUUUUCCAAACCAGCACUUUUCGCUACUAGUGUAGAUAGACCACUAGUAGCUCAGCCAAUCAGAGCACUGUAGGACUGUGAUUGGCUAGUAAGCUACACCUACAGUCAACAUGGAAAAUAGAGAUGCCUUAAUAUCAGCUGGUUCAAGAACACGUUUGUCAGAUGUUAGUGGUUGGRCAUCUUGAUUGUCUAAUAUUGCCACAUCUAUGAAUUAGAAUAAAAAACCAUUCAGAUUUGAAUAUAAGAACCGGAAUUAGGAGAUAGACUAUUUGGCGGAAAGAGAAAACAAACACCUACGGCGGAUACGUCUUUCUUUUUGAUAUGUUAGGAAAUAAGAUAUCUGUUUUCAUAAACGCAAGUCGCUUGCGUUAAAUUAACGACUAAUUUCUGAGCGCGWAGACUACCGAUUGUUUGUAUGGCGCUUUUGAGUUUUUUAUUUUAUCUUUUUAAAUAAGAUCUUUGCCGCUGAUSUUUUAAAAUUAAACAUGUGAACCGCGUCUGA